AUGGCGGUGCCCGGGCCGCCCGAGCCGCCCCGCGGCGCGCCCCGCAAGACUCCCAGCCUGCUGGAGAUGGGGGCGCUCUGCCUGGACUCGGAGAUCAUCCUGGGCUUCACCAGCCACCUCCUGCGGCGACGAGGCAAGGUGGCCGAGGGCAGCCCGGCCCGUGAGCCGCUGCCGCUGCUGGAGGUGUCUUCCCGCCAGAGGGGCGGCGGCCCCCGCCCCUGCCACACGAAGCUCGUGGAGCUCAAGCGACAGGCCUGGAAACUGGUCAGCGGGUCUGGGACGCCUCUCCGGGACCCUUGUCUCUCUGCCCUGCUCCUGGAUAAGCCCCUGGCGCCCGGGGCCCUGCUGCCCUGCCGCCCGCUGGCUGAGGGUCGCUGCGACGUCUGCGCCACGCACCUGCAGCAGCUCACGCGGGAGGCCCUGCGUCUACUGCAGGCCCCUCCCAGCAGCGAGGACUCCAGUGGUCCCCAUGGAGGCGCUGGCUUCACGCCCCUGGGCUCCAGUGCCAUGGCCAGCCCGCGGGAUGCGCCUGCGGGGCCCCCAGGGAGGCAGCCGGGCCACCAGAAGAAGGGGCCGGCCUGGCCCGCGGGGCCCAGCGUGCGGGUGUCGGUGGCCCCUGCGGGCCUCGGCGGGGCGCUGAGCACAGUCACCAUCCAGGCGCAGCAGUGCCUCGAGGGCAUGUGGAGCGUCUCGAGGGUCAACAGCCUCCUGCCACCGGCAUACCUGGCCGAGGCGGCGGUGGCUGCGGUGGCAGUGGCAGACACAGUCCGAGAUGCCACCCCUGUGGCAAGCCCUGGUGGUGUGUCGAAGGCGUGGGGCCGCGCUGGGGCCUGCACGUCGGCCCUGGUCACCCCUGCCCUGGGCACCUCGGUAGGGGGCUCUGCAGGCCCGUCAGCUGCAGCGUCCUUCUUUAUAAGGGCCGCCCAGAAGCUCAGCCUGGCUUCCAAGCGCAAGAAGCCGCCACCACCGCCAGCGCCUGCCCACACCUCCCCCUUCCCCACCGACUUCAGCAGGGUCCUGCGGCUGAGCCCGCCCCCGGUGCCCCCCUGCCUGCUCAGGGCCCCCAAGGCCAAGGACAGCCCUGGAAGCACUGGAAAGGUGAAGGUUAUGCUGCGGAUCUGGGCAGCCCAGGGGACCCAGCGCUCGGCCGAGUCCUCGUCCUUCCUGAAAGUGGACCCUCGGAGGAAGCAGGUGACCCUGUACGAUCCGGCUGCUGUGCCCCUGGGCAGCGUGGGCUCCAGGCAGGCCGCCACGUCCGUGGUCCCCAGGAUGUUUGCAUUCGACGCUGUCUUCCUGCAGGACUCCGAGCAGGCCGAGGUCUGCUCGGGGACCGUGACGGACGUGCUGCAGUCUGUGGUCGGCGGGGCCAAUGGCUGUAUCCUGUCCUUUGGCCCCAGGAGCCUCGGGAAGUCACACACCAUGAUCGGGAAGGACAGCUCACCGCAGAGCCUGGGCGUCGUGCCCUGCGCCAUCUCCUGGCUCUUCAGGCUCAUGGAGGAGCACAAGGAGCGGACAGGCACCCGCUUCUCUGUGCGUGUCUCAGCCGUGGAGGUGUGCGGCCGCGGCCAGAGCCUGCGGGACCUGCUGGCCGAACUGGCCUCUGGCAGCCUGCAGGAUGCCCAGUCCCCAGGCUGCUUGCGGGAGGACCCCGAGUGUGGGGCACAGCUGCAGAGCCAGAGUGAGCUGCGGGCGCCCACGGCUGAGAAGGCGGCCUUCUACCUAGACGCAGCCCUGGCUGCCCGCAGCGCCAGCAGGGCAGACGGUGCUGAGGAUGCCCGGUGCGGCUCCCACCUGCUCUUUACGCUCCAUGUCUACCAGUACCGUGUGGAGAAGUGCGGCCAGGCAGGAAUGUCUGGAGGCCGCAGCCGUCUGCACCUCGUCGACCUGGGCAGCUGUGAGGCUGGGUCCAGCAGGGGUGGGGAGGCCGGAAGCCCCAUCAGCCUGUCCCUGCCGGCCCUGGGCAGCGUCAUCAUGGCCUUGGCCAGUGGAGCCAAGCAUGUGCCGUACCGGGACCACAGACUCACCAUGCUACUGCGAGAGUCCCUGGCCACCGCCAACUGCAGGGCCACUGUGAUUGCCCAUGUCUCGGACGCACCAGCCCACCACGCCGAGACGCUGAGCACCGUGCAGCUGGCUGCCCGCAUGUACCGCCUGCGCAGGAAGAAGGCCAAGUACGCAUCUAGCUCCUCGGGCGGGGAGAGCUCCUGCGAGGAGGGCCGGGCCCGCCGCCCCCCACACCUGCGACCCUUCCACCGGCGCACUGUGGCCCUGGGCCCCGACCGUCCCGCCCCUGGCCUGCCCGGAGACCCCGACUACUCGUCCAGCAGCGAGCAGUCCUGCGACACGGUCAUCUACGUGGGCCCCGGAGGGGCAGCGCUGUCGGACCGCGAGCUCACCGACAGUGAGGGGCCCCCCGACUUCGUGCCCAUCAUCCCCGCGCUGAGCCGCCGCCGUCCGUCAGAGGGCCCCCGGGAUGCCGACCACUUCCGCUGUGGUACCUUCGCGGAGCUGCAGGAGCGUCUGGAAUGCAUCGAUGGCGGCGAAGGCCCCUGGGGACCCCCGGGCGGCACUGACGGAGCCCAGGCCAGCCCUGCGCGAGGGGCCAGGAAGCCUUCACCACCUGAGGCUGCAUCUCCCUGGAAGACAGUGGGUGCCCCCAUGGCUGCCAGCACCCCUCGAGGAAGCCCUGGCCCAGACGCCCACUGCGGCGCCCCUGAGCCCUCCAAGUCUGGUGCCUGGGGUGACCGGAGAGAGGACGGCAGUGCCGGGCCUGAGCCACCUGCCCCCGAGAAGGGGGGCAGGAGGCCUCUGCCCAGCCCGGCCCCUCCGCCACCUCAGCAGCCAGAAGCUCGUAGAGCCCCAGAAGAGCUCGGGGGCAGGACCUCUGGCUGUGUGGCACGGACGCCCCCCGUGGGCAUGAGCAGGCAGGUGGGCCGGCCCCCGACGGUGCGCGGCCCCUGUCUGGAGCGGGGCCUGCUGACCACCACGGUGACGCUGCAGCAGCCUGUGGAGCUCAACGACGAGGAUGAGCUGGUGUUCACGGUGGUGGAGGAGCUGUCCCUGGGCGCGCUGGCCGGUGCCGGCCGGCCCGCCAGCCUGGCCAGCUUCAGUAGCGACUGCUCCCUGCAGGCCCUGGCCUCGGGCUCCAGGCCCGUGAGCAUCAUCAGCAGCAUGAACGACGAGUUGGAUGCGUGCGCCGUGCAGGCCCCCGACGGCCCCGCGGACCCCCUGGGCGGGGGCGCCGUCAGCUCCUGGCUUGGCGAGGUCAGCGCCCGCCCCACGCCACAGCUGCCUUUCGGCUCUGACCGCUCUGUGGGGUCUGAGCGUCCUGGGCCCCCAGUUCCCCUGGGCACCUCUGAGGACGAUGGCAGCUUGGGGCUCUCGGGGCACGCCAGGCUCGGUGUGCCCAACCCUGCCCAGAGUCCUCGCCCGAGGGAGGUGGCCGCAGCAGUCCCCACCCCCGGCAGGGAGUCCCAGGCCACGUGCCCACGGGACACACCUGCCACGCAGACCAUUCACUCCAGCCUUCCCCGGAAAUCCAGGACUACCUCUGCAGCCAGUCAUGCAGGCUGUGUGCACCCGGGCCCGAGCCCGCCUGGCCUUGGAGGUCUGCUGGAGGACCCGUGGCUGCUCCGGGCAGAUGAAAGUGACCUGCUCCCCAUGACCGUGGCUGGCAAGGCCCCUAGCCCGACGCUGGGCUCUCCCCGGCCAACUGAGGUCCCUGCGGUGCCGGCCUGUGCCCACAGGGCUGUGGAUGGGUGUGAGGGGGCAGCCAGGGUGGCCCGCAGACCGGAGGCCGUGGCGCGGAUCCCGCCGCUGCGGAGGGGUGCCACCACGCUGGGUGUGAGCACACCCACCACGUCCUGCAGGGACGCCCUGGCUGAGGCUGAGGCUGUGGCCUGCUCAGGCAGCCUGAAGGCCACCUCUGGGAGCAAGAGGGGCCUGGCUCCCAAAGGGGGCUUCUUCCCCAGGCCCAGCGGGGGCUCUCCCCCAGCCCCGCCUGUGCGCAAGUCCAGCCUGGAGCCCCGGGGCGGCCCGGCCCCAGCCACCACUCAGGCCCUGAGCCUGACCCGGGCCGGCGUUGCCACCGCCCUCCGUGGGGAGGAGGAGGCCAGGCUGAGUGGUCGGGCUGAGCCCUCGGUGCCCAGGGCCACGUCUAGCCUGAAGGCCCGGGCUGGCAAGAUGGAAGUGGCUCACCGGCCAGUAGGCCACGCAUCUCUGGAGCGGUGCGAGGGCCUGGGGCCCAGCAGCAGGCUCAGGGAGGCCCCCGGGAGGCCAGCCCGGGCUGUGCCCAGGUUGGGGGUGCCACUGGCUAGCCCUGUACCAGGGCCGUCUCCGGCCUGUAAGGGCACUGCCCCCAAGGCUAUAGGAACCCCUAAACCCCUAGCUACAGGAGGCAAGGGUCGGAGCCUGGCAGCUGGUGGGUCUCGGGCCCUCGGUGCUUCUGGGAAGCCACCGGCCCCUGUGGCCAGCAGGAGCCCUGGCGGCCCUGUGAUGGGUCCCAGGAUGGUUCCCCGGGCGGUGCCUGGAGCUGGGCCCAAGGCCGGCCGAGGCACCGUCAUGGGCACCAAGCAGGCACUGCGGGCCGCCCACAGCCGCGUCAGUGAGCUGGCAGCUGCUGGGGCCCCCGGCAGAGGCGGCCCCUGGUGGGGCUCGGCCGACUCGGACAGCGGCAACGACAGUGGUGUGAACCUGGCCAGCGGCGGCAGCAGCGGCUACGAGAGCAUGCUGCGGGACAGCGAGGCCACGGGCAGCGCCUCCUCCGCCCCCGACUCCACCAGCGAGAGCGGGGCCGCCUCCCCGGGCACCCGCCCCCGCAGCCUCAAGUCGCCCAAGAAGAGGGCCACAGGGCUGCAGCGGCGACGGCUGAUCCCUGCACCACUGCCUGACGCCACUGUCCUGGGCCGCAAGCCCAGCCUCUCCGGGCAGUGGGUGGACCUGCCCCCGCCCCUGGCCGGCUCGCUGAAGGAGCCCUUCGAGAUCAAGGUGUACGAGAUUGACGACGUGGCGCGCCUGCAGCGGCACCGGCCGCCCCUGCGUGAGGAGCCGGCAGAGGUCCCCCUGGGUGUGGAGAAGGGCCCGGAGUGCGUGGGUGCUGAGCUGCGGCUGGCGGGGCGCAGGCUGCAGCGACUGCGGGAGGUGCAGGCUGAGCACAACCGCCUCCGCGAGGAGCUGGCGGAGACCCAGGGCCGGCUGAUGGUGGAACCCGGCCGCUGGCUGGAGCAGUUCGAAGUGGACCCGGAGCUGGAGCCCGAGUCGGCCGAGUACCUGGCGGCUCUGGAGCGGGCCACAGCCGCCCUGGAGCAGUGCGUGAACCUGUGCAAAGCCCGCGUCAUGAUGAUCACCUGCUUCGACGUCGGCGUCGCGGCCGCCAUCCCAGCGCCCCAGGAGGUGGACGUCUGAGGCUGAGCACAGGCCGCUGCGGCGAGGCUGUGCCGGGGCGAGGACGGACGUGGGGUAGGGACGUGGGGUAGGCUGUGCCGGGUCUCGGAGGGGCCGUGGUGCGUGGGGAGGGCGGGCUGCAGGGCGAGGUGGCGUGCCGACGCAGCGAAGUGCCUUUCCCGCGGUUUGGACUGUUGCCUUUACACCUGUGCUACAGGCCCCGCUCCAGCAGACCGCGCAAGGGCCCUGGCCGGGAGGGUCCCGGAGUGCCUUUUCCCCUAGUGGUGGCCUCCGGACCUGCAGCCUGGGCAGUCCGGGCGGGGCGCCUGACCCGGGCCCCCCCUCCUGAGGACACCGAGGCAGUCGGUGCCUUCUUCACGGCAGGAAUUUUGACCAAAACCAUGAGCAAAAACAAAGCACUGCCAACCACAGACGGGAGUUUGGGAUUCGGGAAGGUCCUGUUUGUAUUUUUGUAUCAUUUUUCCUAAAAACGUGGAAUUUGCAAUGGGAAUUUGAAGACAAAUGAGCUGUUUUAUGGUUUUCUGUGGAUGCUGUCUGUCCAGCUGCCGGAGACAGGCUUUUUUCUGGGAACACCAGGCAGGGCUGGAGCUGCUGCUUGUCAAACGCAGGGGAGGGGCGCGCCUUCCCCGCUGCGCUGCCCUGCCGCAGACUGGUGCCCU